CCCUAAGAGAGAGACAUUAUAAUAACUUAUAUUUUAUACUCUUUUACGGAAAUUUUAUCUUUUAUAGUACAUCGAAUUACAAUAUAUUAUUAAUAUUAUUAAUCAUCUAGCUCUAUCAAUUUCAUUCCCGAAUUUACUCAACCUUCAAAAUCCAAUUGCAACUUGGACCCAUUCGCAUCAAUAAUCAAUAAGUUAGUGUUAUUAAAUCACAAGAGCGGGUAGGGUUUUGGUUUAAUCGUUUUUUUGUUUUUCAAUCUCGCGAUCAGGAAUUGAAAAUUUUGGAGGUUCUUGCAAUGGCUGCGAAUUCUUCUAAUGGAGAUAACCAAAAAACAUCUAAGCAACCUCCAUUGCCAUCUCCCCUGCGUUUCUCCAAAUUCUUUCAGUCUAACAUGAGAAUCUUGGUUACUGGAGGAGCUGGAUUCAUUGGUUCUCACCUUGUCGAUAGAUUGAUGCAAAAUGAAAAGAAUGAGGUCAUUGUUGCUGAUAACUACUUCACUGGAUCGAAGGACAACCUCAAAAAAUGGAUUGGUCAUCCAAGAUUUGAGCUUAUCCGUCAUGAUGUCACUGAGCCUUUGAUGAUUGAGGUCGAUCAGAUCUACCAUCUUGCUUGUCCCGCAUCUCCUAUUUUCUACAAAUAUAAUCCCGUGAAGACAAUCAAGACAAACGUGAUUGGCACUCUGAACAUGCUUGGGCUUGCAAAACGAGUUGGAGCAAGGAUUUUGCUUACAUCAACUUCGGAGGUAUAUGGUGAUCCUCUUGAGCAUCCUCAACCUGAAACCUAUUGGGGCAAUGUUAACCCUAUUGGAGUUCGUAGCUGCUAUGAUGAGGGGAAACGUGUCGCUGAGACUUUGAUGUUUGAUUAUCAUAGACAGCAUGGAAUAGAAAUACGUGUUGCAAGAAUCUUCAACACAUAUGGGCCGCGCAUGAAUAUCGAUGAUGGACGUGUUGUCAGCAACUUCAUUGCUCAAGCAUUGCGUGAUGAAUCCUUGACAGUCCAAUCUCCAGGAACGCAAACUCGCAGUUUUUGUUAUGUCUCUGACCUGGUUGAUGGCCUUAUCCGUCUCAUGGGAGGAUCAGACACCGGUCCAAUCAAUCUUGGAAACCCGGGUGAAUUCACUAUGCUUGAACUUGCUGAGACAGUGAAGGAGCUUAUUAAUCCAAAUGUGGAGAUAAAGAUAGUGGAGAACACUCCUGAUGAUCCAAGACAGAGAAAGCCAGACAUAACCAAAGCACAGGAACUGCUCGGCUGGGAACCAAAGGUCAAGCUGCGCGACGGUCUUCCUCUUAUGGAAGGAGAUUUCCGUUUGAGGCUUGGAAUUGAGAAGAACAACUAACUUGUUUGAGUUGUUUUUAUUACAUGUCAAUAGAUAAUAAGUGGGAUGGAUUGCUCUCAGCUUUCAUAUUUUUUUUACUUUACAUAAUUAUGGUACUGAGGAAGUUGGGGUGCCUAUAAUUUUAGCUUCCAAGAGUAUCAGAGACGUGCUAGCUCUUUUGUUUGACAAAACAUUACAGCAUGUCUGUCCAAUUUUUGCUUGUGGAAUUAUUGAGUUUACAUUUAUCUAAAAGGCAUCUACUUUAUGUUUCUCUUAA